AUGGCUCCGGCUUCCCUCCAUCCUGCCUCCCCCGCCGGAUCGACCGAUCGAUUGACGGAUGAGCUAGCUCCCACCAUUGAACAGCUCCAGAAACUCGGUGCCGGCACCGAAUUUACCCUCCCACAGGCCCUGUCGACGACCGAGUCGCUGCUUCGUCUCCGUCAUACCUUUAUCGACGAUGCUCAUCCGCGGACCGCCAAAGACGCAUUCCGAUAUCAUCAGGGCUUCCAGACUCUUUUGGGACUGGCUGACAAGCUAGCCGAGCUUUACGACCCCGAAAUUUUGUCCCAGGGAGAACGAAAAAGCCUACUCGGGAUUUUCAAGGAUGUGUUGGGCGUUCUGGCCGAGGGCCUCAAGGACCAUUUUGGUAACAAGCGUUACUUUGCGCGGAGAAUAGUUGGAGGCGGUAUUGCUGCAUUGGAGGCAACUCUGACCACGUUGGUCAAGAAGAUAGAUACAGCCAAAAGUGAUGCACAACAUCUCUACGGGGCCAUUCUGGCCGCCGCUCUAUGCCAGGAGACCGUGGCGGGCAUCUUUGUGACUCUGGACACCAAGUUUCCCGAAAGCGACAACCACCGGUCUCCAAAAGAUGUUCAAGAUGCCGUUGAUAGCUGCAUUGGGUCAACAGAAACAGUGGAGGUACCGGAACUGCUCGGACCAUUCCUUCGUGUCUGGCUGAUGCACUCAUCCCUUUCGUCUGGAUAUGAUACUCUCCGCCUGGCUUUGCCUGCUUGCCUCUGCCAACUUGCCUCGCAAUCACGCAGGAAUGUUGUAGCCCUGCAUGCCACUGAUAUGCUGACGUCGAUUUUACCUCUCUUGUUCGACGGCGCAAGAUCCGAAAGCGAAAAGACAAUAUAUCAAGACCUUGCCAAAUAUCUCAGCGUUCAAGGCAUGAGCAACCUGGAUGAUGCGGUAGCUCUAUAUCGUGGGGCUCACGAAAACCCGCAAGUAUUGAAGGUCCUACUUGCUGCUCUCAAGUCAUCGAAGGAACCUCCUUCGAUACAGUUUGAUAUGUCCCGACAUGGAUAUUGCUCCGUCGAGUUUGGAACCCUUGGCCGUCCUUUCCCACCUAUCACUUCCGCUGGAUACACUCUUUCUGCGUGGGUUCGUUUUGAUGAAUUUGAUCCCAAUACUCAUACCACUGUCUUUGGAGCGUUCGAUGCUAGCCAAACAUGUUUCAUUCUUGCAUAUCUUGAGAAAGACACUCGAAAUUUCAUCCUCCAGACGUCAAUUCGUGGACCCCGACCUAGUGUUCGAUUUAAGUCAGCCAAGUUCGAGCCGAAGCGCUGGUAUCAUAUUUGUGUCGUGCACAAGAAGCCCAAGCCAAUGUCUUCUGCGCGAGCAUCCCUUUUUAUAGACGGCGAAUUCGUCGAACAAUUGAAGAUCGAAUAUCCCUCGGUUCCUACAACCCACCAUCCAAGCAGACCACCUCGGAUUCAGGCAUUCUUUGGCACUCCCCAAGACCUUGCAAUGCGCCUUGGGAAGGGUGUGUCUACUUCACGAUGGUCGCUUGCCAAUGGUAUGCUGUUUGACGAAGCUUACAGUGAUGACAUGAUUGCCGUUUUCUAUAACCUUGGCCCUCGGUAUUAUGGCAACUUCCAAGAUUGCCUGGGAUCCUUCCAAACAUACAAGGCUUCUGCAACCCUGAAUCUUCGUAACGAGCAUUUGCACCCGGGCAAAGAAGAGACAUCAGAUAUUGUUACUGCCAUUCGGAGGCGGGCAAGUACUUUAAUUCGCGAGAGCUCAAUCUUGAUCAAUGUUUCAUCUACUGCUGUUCUGGAUGAUGAUGACAGUAAUAAUGUGGACGAGUCGCAACUGAUCAAAUGCUUGUCAAGGCAAGCAGCGAAGAGCCUACAGCAGCUCACGAAAGCGGGGGGCAACGCUGUUGCUGUCAACGGUGCAACUCCGGCCAUCAAUGAUGGGCUGACACAACCCCAAGGAGUAGGCAUUUUAACUGGCGAUCCUGUUGUCGCUGUUCCUAGAGCACUUGACGAUGCCAGUUGGUGUCUAGGUGGCUGUGCCGCGGUCCACUUGAGCUUAGUCCAGGCUGCAAGCACUGCUGAAAGCACUCGCAUGGCUGUGGAGGCCCUUUACGAAGCCGUUCAAGACAACUGGAGAAAUAGCGAAGCUAUGGAACGAGAAAACGGUUAUGGUAUACUUGGAGCUUUGUUGCGUGAGAAGCUUGGAUUCCACAUGGGUAAUGUCCCAGGCGCAGCGAGAAUUCAUGUGGUCACCUCUGACCCUGAUGAGAUAUCUACCCUGACGCUUGACUUAUUGCGCCUGACUCUCGCAUUUGUUGGUUACGACUUCAAGCAACCCAAUCGAUCCAUCAUCACAAAUCCACUCGCCUAUCGUAUCCUGCUUGUCGACAUGGACGUCUGGCGAUUGGGAGAACCCGCUGUGCUUGAAUUGUAUUACUCGCAAUUCCGCACCUUUGCUUCAGAUAGUAACUAUCGUCGUUUCAAUGCUAGACGUCUCGGUCGUAUGCGCGUUAACAAGAAAUUGUUGGAGACAUUGAAGAGCGGAGACUUGACUGAGGAAUCCCUCCAACCUUGUCUAUCAGCAUUCCGCUCGUUGAUGGAGAGCAGCCCGUCUCCCGAUCUCCUACGCUCAUUGUCGUUAUCAAUUACCUAUGCACUCCACAGGCCAAAAACUCUCUCUAAUUUACAAAGGAAGAAGAGUUUGCGGUUCGCUCCCCCUUCCUCACGACCAGCAUCAGCAAAAUCGGAGUCAAGUAAAGUACCCAGUAUCACUUUGGGAAUCGAAAUGCUGCGUCUCUAUGCCUCUGUGCUUUGUGAUCCCAGCGACCCCGCGCCUUUGAGGAAAUUCGCCAAAGCUGUCACAAACAAGUGGCUUCUUUACCUUAUGUGUGAAGAUGAACCUGAAAUCGUAGUACUUGCUACAAAGAUAUUAGCCCGGCUACUCGUGGUCCACGGCAGUGGUUACAGUAAGAAGUUUGCAGAGAAAAGCGGCGGAUACAUCAUCCUAGAACACCGUUUGAAACGAUGGUGGAAUGUGCCCGCUCUGUGGCCUAUCUGCUUGUCCAUCUUCUUCGGUCGUGACAUUGCCAUGAUGGAUCUUGCAAAACCACUUGACCAGCCUGGCCUGCUGAAUCUGUUCCUGAAAGAAGAAGAUCUUAAUGUCAUCUUCCCAGAUAUGCUUCCUGUGAUUGUGAAUAUGAUGAAGAGCGGGAUGCGGCAUAUCAUCAUGCAAGAGGGUCAAACUAGCCCCAGCGGUGAUGGUCUCGAAGAGCAGGCCUCCAAAUGCGAUAAGCCAAGAAUGGACUCGCUCAAGCUACAUGACUCUGCUAGCGCCGAUCAGACUACACUUGGGUUCUCCAUGAUCAACUCGGUUGUCAAAUUUUUGGCAGAAGCACGCACAAAAUCCUCAAGCUUCCAAGAUUUCACUACACACUCUACCUACGUACAAGAACUUCUUUCUGUGCUAUAUCCUGUGAUUGUCGGCGCUGAUACCGUUGGUCCCAACACGGAGCUGAACUCUCGCCACAGUGGACUUAGCUUUGACGAUAGCAAUCUGGUUCUCCGGCCACGCUCAAGUACUGCAAAUGCAUCUGCUGCGUUGCAGACGACCACAGUAGAUGAUUCCGGCAACCCCGAGGAAAGCACGGGCUCAUUACGACGUGGUUCGUCUUUCAUUCUGGUAUCCUCUGGUAAGGCCAAGCACCAGCCGUCUUCUGCUCGCAUUCGUCGUUUUGUGAACCCAACCUUUACCGGCAAUGAAGCUGCAAUGCAACAUCCACUUGUCAAGUCCAUAUUUGACCUCAUCCUGGCGGUCUUCAAGGCUCAAUUACUGGGGCGCAAAGACUUCUCAGGUCUUGGCCUCUACCUCAAGACGCCGCCUGGCUUUUUGGAACACCAAGCGUACUUCAAUUCCUGGGUCUUCAGCUCUGUGCUUUCCGCCUUACAAGAUUUACCUUUGGUUCAGCCGGGUCUUCUCCAUGAGCCACGGACCCUGACGAACCUUGGGCGCUUGUCAACGCAUUUGACAGAGGCAGUGUAUGAAGGCUGGUUCAUCAAUGGAGCCGCGUCUACCCUUGAAUUUUCCGGGACAAUCCUAGAAUACCUGCAGCGCCCUGAUAUAUCGCAACUGAAGAGCAUCCGUCUGUGCAACCAGACUGUAACAAGUAUUCGCUCGACCCUUUACAAAGUUGUCUUAUUCCAGUUGUCAGAAGCAGAUGAUACACAGACUGUCCCUCUCCUGAAUCGCUUGAACUACUGGCAGGUAGUCUUUCUCUCCGCGGCUGAAACCCAGUCCAAGCACUUGCACCUGCUGUGCUAUCUUCUUUACACCAAGCUGAUCAGUACAAACGCAACCGUCCGCUCGGCUGCUGCAAGUAUAUGGAGAAUCAUACUGGUGCAAGCACCCGAUGAAAUCACACUCCUUCUAAGCCAUGUCCCUGCUGCCCUUCAACGUCGGUUAGCUGACGGCUUUGACGCUCUUUCGGGAAUGGAAGAUGAAUCAUUUUUGCAGUGGAUCGACGAGCAGCGUGAUGAUCUCGAUUCUUUGUUUUUCGGUAUAAUGUCUCGGUCAUGGGAGAUGUUUGUCCAAGAAGAGAAUGUCAGCAGCGAAGAUUCCGUCCGCACUCGUGUUUCAAAACGCAAAGACAAACUGAGACAGUGGGCUCAAAUUGAAAAGUUCGAUGAAGACAUGGUUCGAAAGCAUGAUGUAACAUUACCACACUGGGUCUCCAAUAUCGCGGCAUCGGAGUUCUUGAAGUCCCAAAGAUUCUUGCAAGAUUUGCAUGACAGUUCAACAUUCAUGUGGUCUGCCUUCUCGACUCUGCUGCUCGAUCUCCGGCGACCGGGUGGUCUUCUAGCGGAGAACAAGGAAAGAAGAUGGUGGCUUGACCAGACGGAAGGUCGCAGUCGCAUGCGACUUCGGCUUGUUCCCGAUGAGUCCGGCGAUCGGCAAGACUACCAGCCCAAGCGGAAGGCCUCCGAACCUCCAGCAAUCAAGAUCGAUACCCGGAUACGUGCACUUUCGGAGGGAGAGAACAUGAAUACGCCUCAUCCCCUUAACGAGGAGCGUGAAAAUGUGGAGCCCGAGUCACCAGGGGGUGAUGCUGAAAAUCGCAGCAUGUUGGAGGAUAACUUUGAGAUGAUUGAUGAUCCCAAAAUCGAGCUGGAAGACUACGAGGAUAGGAAUAGGAAGGUCAUGCGAUCUUUGCAACGGGGCGAUCAAGUACAAAGCGUGUGCAAUUUGUCGCGUAUCAUCGGCCUAGAAGCAGUGGAAGGAAUCCUGAUUAUUGGAAAAGACUGCAUCUACAUUUUGGAUAAUUUCUUCCAGAGAGCGGAUGGCGAAAUUGUCAAUGUUUGGCAGGCUCCCAACGAGGAGCGAGAUCCUUAUGUGCGCAUGAUUGCCGGUCGAGAGUCCAAUGACCGCCGCUCCCAAGAGCAUGAUACAAGAAGCUGGAAAUGGUCAGAUUUGGUCAGCGUAUCCAAGCGCCGCUUUUUGUUCCGUGAUGUUGCUCUGGAAAUCUUCUUCACGGACGGCACAAGCUAUCUAUUGACCCUGAUGUCCGCAAAGUCACGAGAUGACUUGUGCAAUCAACUUGGAAUUAAGGCGCCACAGAUCACUGGCAGCGCCGGACACUCACGGCCAGAAGAUAUCUGGCGUUUUGAGACUCUCCGCAGUCAAGAUGAUGCACCUCAGUCCCUUGGUUCAAAGUUUGCCAGUGUAUUCGGUCAUCUCCCGGCAAACCCAGCAACUCGAAAAUGGGUCAAGGGAGAAAUCUCCAAUUUCCAUUAUCUCAUGCUGAUCAACACUUUUGCCGGGCGAACCUUCAAUGAUUUGACCCAAUACCCUGUCUUCCCGUGGGUCCUAGCAGACUAUACCAGCGAUGAACUUGACUUGACCAACCCAGCCACCUUCCGAGAUCUAUCCAAGCCUAUGGGAUGCCAAACGCAAGAGCGAGAAGCGGGCUUCCGAGAACGUUACAAUGCUUUCGCUGAGAUGGGCGAUGAUAAUUCGCCUCCUUUCCAUUACGGAACUCACUAUUCCUCUGCCAUGAUUGUCAGCUCUUACCUUAUUCGCCUCCAACCCUUUGUCAAGUCAUAUCUCCUCCUUCAAGGUGGCAACUUCGACCAUGCAGACCGCCUCUUUUAUUCCAUCCGCAAAGCAUGGGAGUCAGCAUCUCGGGGAAACAUGUCCGAUGUACGAGAACUGAUCCCCGAAUUCUUCUAUCUCCCCGAGUUUUUCGUAAACUCAAACAAAUACGACUUCGGUCUUCUUCAAAAUAUGACUACAGCCAUCGACUCGGUUGAACUGCCCCCAUGGGCCAAGGGCGAUCCCAAAAUCUUUAUCGCGAAACACCGGGAGGCCCUUGAAAGCCCCUACGUGUCUGAAAACCUGCAUCACUGGAUUGAUCUGGUAUUUGGCAGCAAGCAAAAAGGCGAGGCGGCUAUUGAAUCUGUCAAUGUCUUCCAUCAUCUCUCUUACAAGGGCGCUAAGGAUUUGGAUGCUAUCGAUGAUCCCAUGGAACGACUUGCUACUAUUGGUAUUAUUCACAACUUUGGACAAACACCCCAUCAGAUCUUCCAGAGACCACAUGCACCGAGGGAAGAUCAACGACAUCGCAUACCUCGACUGGAUACGCUUGCAGAGUCGCUCACGCAGAUGCCAUUGUCUCUUCUUGAUAUCGAGGAGCGAGUAUCCAAUCUGUCCAUGAAGCAGGAUCGUCUUCUUUGCACUGCCGCUUUGAGGCUCAAUGUUCCACCAACCUACGAGCAUUAUAUGGAGUGGGGAUUCUUCGAUGGAAGUGUCCGGUUCUAUUCUACUGACACUCGCAAGCUCCUGGGGCACUUUGAGCACCUUCACGUUGGCCAGCUCUCCUACGCCAGCUUUGCUGAUUCACGCACUCUUGUUACUUGUGGUACCGACUGUACUAUCUCGUUAUGGACGGUGACUGCCACGUCCAAGUCGGUCGAUUUGCAGCCAAUUGGAUCACUCUUUGGUCACCGAGCCCCGGUCACCGUGCUUGCCGUUUCACGCUCCUUCAGUACCUUAUUAUCUGCGUCUACUGAUGGACAGAUCAUGCUAUGGGAUCUCAAUCGACGAUGUUUCGUGCGAGCACUGCCAACUGAUGGCGCGGUUGACUGUGCCCGAAUCAACGAUGUCUCUGGGGACAUCAUGGUUUGCCGCGGCAAUCGCUUGACCCUGUACACCCUCAACGGAGUAGUGCUAGUCGACCAGUCUGUCUGCGACACAAGUGAUGACCACGUCUUGUCAUGCGUCUUCUACGAAGGCGUGCAAAAUGAAUGGCUAGAACGUGAACUGGUCUUGACCGGCCAUUCUCGUGGCGUAGUCAACAUCUGGAGCAAAACUAUCCGCGCUGGCCGGUUCGAACUGGAGUUGAUCCGGCAGCUGCAUCAUACCGACAGCAGCCGCGACACCGGGGCGAACAUUAGCGCAGGUAUUAGCUGCAUCCUGACCCUUCCCCACGUGGUUUAUACCGGGGACGAGGCCGGCCGAGUGUAUGAGUGGAAUUGUAUCCAGCGCCGCUAG